UCUGUUAACAGAAGAAAACCUCCUCUUCCUCCCUCCCAUUCCUCAUCUAAAUCCACUUCUGAAGGUUCUGAGCACUAUGAAGCCCUACAUGUUUGCCAUAAUAGUUCAGAUGAGAAGCCUCCCUUAAUGACAUGGCAAUCCACUAGUCCUAAACCAAAUCCUUUAGUGGAAAGGACUUUGGUGGAAACACGAAAGCGUUUAGAGCAAGAGAAGGUUUCUUCUCAGACAAUGACCCCAGAGAUAUACUCACGGCGUAGGCUAGCUAGUUUUGCUGACCUAGGCUCAAGUGGUAUUCUGUCACCUCAUACCAGCUCGAGUGCUCUUAACCACACUCAGUCCCAGGAAAUCCAUAAAGUGUCUAAGCUAACAGUUCCUGAUCAGGCUUCCUCAGGGAGCUGCUCUUUGAGAACCAGCCCUAAGAGCUCUGGCAGGGACACUCCAGUGACUACUGUUAGUCCACUGGACCUUCAGUUGGUCAGGGACCAAAUGGUGGUGGCUCUAGAAAGGCUGAAAGAGAUGGAGGAACAGGUAAAGAUCAUACCUGUGCUGCGAGUCAAGAUUUCUGUCUUGAAGGAAGAAAAACAACAGCUUAUUGCAUUGGUACAAAAACUAGAGAGUCAAAAUUUAGGUUGUAAUCUAGACACAGAUUUGCAAGAUCCAUCCAGAAAAAGAGCAUAUAGCACAGGAACUACUGUGAAGCAUUCCAAACCAGAAAAAGAUGAUGAGGGCCAGAGGAAGUCUGCCAAAAAGGUAGACGGUUGGGAACAUAAUGCCUUGUCUGAUCUGGACCAGUUUAAGCAGUUAAAUGCUGAAAAGCAGCUGACUGUCAAUGAUAAUGAGAAUAUGUGUGAGGAGUUUGUGCAUUCAAGAAGUUGCUGUAGGGAUGGUGCUACAGAAACCAAAGUUAAUGUACGCUCAGUAGAAGUUGGUGUUACCGAAGCUAUGCUAGGUGUGGUGUCAGACACUGAGCAGGAGCUUGAGAUACAACAACAAACUGUUCAAGUUUUGAGGGACAAGGUGCAAACACUGGAGGUAGACCUUAAAAAGGCAUUGCUUAAAGCAGAAUUGUGCAAACUGAAGAGUGCGCUACAGGAAGCUGGGGCCCAUACCCAUGCUGCCAAGAAUUAUAGUGCACAACCAGAGAUGCAAAGCAUUUCAACUCAGACAGGAAUGCUGACAAGGACAAUUGGCAUUGGAAAUCAUGUUCAACUUGUACAUACUGCUGUUGGGGAAGGGGGAGUGCAAACUUUUAACACUGUAGGAGUGACCUGCCAGCCAGAGACAAAUGAUGUUGCGUCUGGCCUGGAUACAUCCAUUGAAAUGUGGGAGAUACAGAAGAAAGUGGAAAAGAGGGAUCAUUGUGUAGGAACACAAUAUGUGCCAACUUGCAGUCAAGGUGUUGGGACAUUUGUGAGUGUUUGUGAUGUUGGUAUUAUGACCUUAGAGUUGAUGGAGACUCUGGAGAAAAAGAAGACAUCCAGUAGAACAGUAGGCUGUGGUGAUUGCACCAUAGAUGUAAAUGUCAAUAUGGUCAAGCCUCUUGUUUCCCAGGGUAUUGUCACUGAACCUGUCAGAGGUAUAGAUUUUGGUGUAAUAAUGACUCCACAAACCAUGUCCCAAUGCAACAACACUGAUGUUCAUACCGUCUCCCGCUGCACUAGCACUUCCCCAGUCUAUGUCUCUGAAUCAAGCACCAUCCCAACAAACAUGCGUAUGAAGGAGAGACAUACCAACACUGCCCACAUAAUCACUCAAACACUUGCAGUUGGUGAUGGGAAAGUUAACGCUCAACAAGUGGCUGGAAAAAUGCACUCCAUUGCAGUGGGGACUCCUGUAUACCUGAAGGAAGGAACAGUCACUCCUGGUACCCCCAAAGUGAUGACUCGUGAUACUGGUGUUGGACUAGCUAACAUUAAUGAGAAUUUCUUGGUUGGGCUCCGAACACGGAACAUGGCAUGUGGUCCAUCUCGCUUACCAGAUCCUAACAAGACCCGGAGCAUAGGGGUCGAGGUGGGUGAUGGGAGGAUACGGGAUGUGGAUGGGCAUAUGUGGAUGCCUGUACACUUACUACAGCCACAAUUAUAUGCACAGACGGAGCCUGGACUGGAUCAUUACAUAGACAGAAUGCAGAGACUGCUAAAAGAGCAACAGAGUCUGCUAACUUGUAGCCAUUUUAAACCAAGGGAUGAGGAUGCUCUUCAACCCCAGCACCUCCUGGGCACACAGCAUGGAGUACCCAAGCAUGGCUCUUCUUCAAAAGCCAAUGAGAGCAUGCAGCUUAAAUCAAAGAAUUUAAUGGAACAUUUCAGUGAUGAACAUGGCACCAUCAGAGCCAUUAUCACAAGAAAGGACAUGUCUCAGAAAUGUGCAGAAAGCAGGAAGACCCUCAAGUCUCUUUCUCCAGGGUUCAAGUGUCUAUCCAUUACUGAAGACUCCUUCUCUGAAUGGACUGAUUCUGAGGAGGAGAAGAGGAAAAGAGUAAAGAAGCAGAUAGAGGAGGGUUCCAGGAUCUGCACAAAGUCAUCUAAAAUGGAGAGAAGAGAAGGAUAUGAGAUGAGUGACAAGGUGAUUUCUGCCUGUCACAAGUUAAAAGCCCACCUAAAUGACACCAAGGUUUUAUCCAACAGAGAACUGGUGAGUCCCCAUAACCUGAGGAAGAGAAAUAUUUGCAAAUAUGUGGAAAAUGUGUGGUUUUGUUUUAUGUCUAUUACAGUGAGCAGUUUGGGUUUGAUUUUCUUCCCUGCUUGGGCUUUCAUCUGUGGAAGAGAAAGUGGUUCAUCAUAAAAUACUUGCAGUUUUUGAAAUGUGAAUUCCUUGCACUUUGAACCAUACCUUCAACUUCACUGUGCAGGAACCCGCUGAUCAAAAUCCUGAUUUUAAAUGCUUUGUGUGUUUGUGUGUGUGUGUGUUUCUGCAUAUAUGAAUAGUGCAUUUAAAAAACAAUUCUGGACAUUUAGACAAGUGCAGAAUAUAUUUUAUGUAUAAUCAUGAAUUAACAUAUUUAACUUCAGCAGAUCAUAAAGUCCAGCUACAAUAGAGAGCACUGUGUGCAGUUUCUCAUGCAUGAUACCCAGAAGGACAUGUUUCUUGUAUACUGCCAUUAAAAAAGCUAUCCCCUGUAGGUAGGAGCACGCAUAAAUUUGUUUGGCUAGUGGCAAAGGUCAGUUAUAGGGAUCUGUGAACCACUCAUUGUUAACUGUCAUUUAAUAUUCAAAGUAAUCUUGACUAAACUGCAUGCCAUGAUUCUCAACAUUGCAACUCAGAUGCAAGUAUUAUUUUAGUGGUAGAAUAAUACUCAAGCUUAUUUUAUUUAGAUGCAAAUAUGUUUAAAGGUAAAAUCAAGAAAAUAUGGAUAUUGGGGGGCUGUAAUUAGGGAAACAAAUAUUCCAGUUGUCCUGUUUUUGCCUUCAAAUAGAUGAACAUAUUUGAGCUAUUGAUUUUGGCACUUUUGUCUAUUGAUCAGCAAACCUUUAUUCAUGGAGAAUAAAUGUUUGAUUAGAACACUGGUUCAUAAACAGACUUUAUAGAAACUGUCUACAACAGGAAAGAAAUUGCAUACAUAUAUUUGAGCUUUAAAAGUGGAAAAUGAAUUCACUUGAAAGAAAACGUGGAGGCAGUUAUGGAAGGGUGUGUUUGUGGUGAACGGUUCUAGAUGACUAUGAAUUGUAAAACCGCCCUUUGCUGUCUGGCAUUUAAAGUAAAAACUAUUUUCUCUUGUGCUUCACAUGUCCAUGCAGUCACAUAUAUCCUGCAAUUACCUACUGGCAUGCAAUGUUUUAGCUGAGAUUAUGGAACAUUAGCUCAAAUUGAAAAUAUGUGAGAAAUCUAACCUUUAAUUAAAACACAUUUAUUCUAAGAAAACACAACGUAAAUGAAGCAUAUUUUGUGUGCAUCCAGAGACAAUUGUUUCUAUGUCAAAAUGUAUAUACAUCAUGCAGACACAGACAGACCCAUACAAAUACGCACAAACUUACACACAUACACACACAGUGGGCUCCAAAUGGGCUACCAUGAGUAAAAAUAUUUUAAUAAAAAUAUUUUGCAUUCUUUUCUAAUUUAAUAGAACAGUUUUCAUUAAAUUUUAUUUUAAAACAACUUGAUUGAAAAGUAGAAUUUGAGAAAUAUGUACAUGAAUUUAAAAGUUUCGUAGUAUUUCAUAUGUCCCCUUUUUGCUUUCAUGACAGUGUGCAUUCAAGCUGGCAUGUACAUAACUUUGAGAAAAACCUUAUGAUCAAUUUUAGAUAAAAUCCAUCAGAGUAUUGUCUGAACACAUGCUUCAGUAGAAGAGACCUGUAGACCCCUAGAAAGCAGUUAACAUGGUCAAUAUCACAAAUUUGCUUACGUUUAAAUAGGGACCUAGAAGUUGCAAUUGUAGAAUCUUCUAGUUAAAUAUUCAAGAUAUUGAACAUUUACUUUCUUUGUUUUAAAUAUUUUAAAAUUCUAAAACCUUCUGUUUAUUUCCAAGUAAAAAACAAACAAAACAAAAAAAUCCCAGGUUUUCAGUGUGGCCUCAGACUUUUGGAUCCCACUGUGUGUCCAUCAGGUCCAUAAGUAUUUUGGGACAGUGACACAAUUUUCAUAAUUUUGCCUCUGUACACCACCGCAAUGGAU